UUUUUAGGAUUGAACAGUCUGCUUUUUUCUUUUAGCUUAUUAUAGGUUUUAUAAACGGGUAACAUUUACUAAUUAAAUGAGAUAGUUUUGUUUGGUAAUGUCUCAAUAUCUGUGUAAUCGGGUAAGUUUAAGUGGAUGCAAACAAAGAUUAAAGCUUUUAAGGUGGUAGAACUUUGAAUAUAACUCUCUUUUUCCUAGUACUUAAUUUUUUUUUUGGAUAUUAAAGGUUUACAAAGGUACUUGGUAUCCUCUGGAACUUUUGUCAGCCUGUCAUUAUAAUUGGAUGAUUGGAAGUCUGCAUUGUUGCUGAUUUUACUUUAUACAUUAUCCUUCUAAAGGACAUGCAAUUGGAUUUAUGUGUUAGGAAAAACUCAUGCUGGUAUUAUUUUGUACAAAACCUGCAAUGCAAAAAUGGGUAUUUGUUAUGAAUUUUGUUUUAAUGUGUUGCUUUGUUACCUUUCAUAAAAAAAAAAAUGUUCCUUUUUUUAUGAACUGAGGGUCAAAGGUCUAGAUGAUGAAGGGAAACCUUUGGGGUUUCUGCAAUGGUGAAAUUUUUAAUGGGGAGGCAUUAACUUGUGGAAUACAAUUUACUUUUUUGUUAAUUAUCAAAAUAAUGCAACUCCUAAAAGUACAUAAAACCAGAUUUGUAUUCAAAUAAUAUAGGCUCCAUCAAGAUCCCCUUUUUUUGCUGCAAAAUAUCUUUGAAGAAUCCUGCAUUGUUUCUUCCUUUGAUCUUGCUUAGAGCUUUUUAUUGCCUGCAUAACUGGUGGCCUAUGCUGACUGAUCAGAACUAUAAGAGAAAGUAGAGAAUAUAUUUGGUAGAUUGCAAAGCUAGUGUUUAUAUGGACCAAUUAUCAUCUCUGAAUUGUUCAUAUACCACGUUCUUUACACUGGAUGGAGUUUAUGGGUUUCCAUUUGUCUCAUUUAUGAUGAAAAUUUUGCCUCUGCAUUUUAAAGUUCAGUUGCAAUUCCCUGUUUAUUUUUCACCCUUUCGAGGGUUUUAUUCUUCCAUCUUUUGUUUCUUUCUUUAUCGUCUUUCUUGUUAUGUUAUUUUUUGUUUCCUUUUAUCCUUUUUUUUGUAUUUGUGUGUGCUUAUGAUGGGUUGUUUAGUGCAACAUCUAUUUUAUUUUCAUCAUAUACCAUGUAGCUUUAGUGUGAAUUCUGCGUCAGCUAUUUGGACAUUUUGAAAUUUAUCCUUUUACUGUCUUUCUGCCUUUGAACAUAACUCUUUAACAGUAUUUAAUCAUUUGGAACUAAGAAUAAACUGAUGACAGUGAGUUGUUACUCUUUAUCCAAUUGUCAGGUUGUAUGACCUCCAGCUUGUGGGAGUCGGGAGGAAAGAAGUUUAUAUACCAAUGAGUUCGUGUGAUGAAGAAAACGUGUCUUAUAAAUCCUUUUAUGGGUAAAAAGUUUUAACGAGAUGGUAUUGCAUCUCAAGAUCUAUGGACAUGGAGGAUACACGAGAUGAUGCUCCAUCAGAGCACCGGCCGCGUAGUGCUAAAUGGAGGUCUUUAGAUUUCAUCGAAAAAUUUGGAUCUGUUUCCCUGGAUUCUAAAGAAGAAAUUUUGAGAAAUAAAGAAUCUACCAACAACGUGAAAGGUGAUAGGUUGUCAUGUAAGAUGGCAUCACAGAUCCUUUGGAGCACCGGAAUGCUUUCUGAACCUAUUCCAAAUGGUUUCUACUAUGUUGUUCCCGAAAAAAAGCUCAAGGAACUGUAUGAAGAUAUACCUACUUUGGAGGAGCUUCAAGCUUUGGAGCUUGAGGGUUUGAGAGCUGAGGUUAUUCUUGUGGAUGCAGUGAAAGAUAAGAAGCUUUCCUUGCUAAAACAGCUAAUUGAGGCUCUGGUCAAGGGCUUGAAUCCUGCAGCUAUGAUUAAAAAAAUUGCUGAAUUAGUAUCUGAUGUUUAUGGCCGGUCAAAUUCGACACUAAGUCCAAAGAAAACUGUUCUUGAGGACACCUCUCAUAUAUCUGAAAAUCAAGGGGUGCAGAUGCUGAGCCAAAUAAAGCAUGGUUCGUGCAGACCUCGAGCAAUAUUGUUUAAAGUUCUUGCAGAUACUGUAGGACUUGAAAAUACGCUAGUGGUGGGUUUGCCUACUGAAGGAGAUUCUGAGUGUGUUGACUCAUACAAACAUAUGUCUGUCUUAGUUGUGCUGAAUUCUGUUGAACUGCUAGUUGAUCUCAUGCGGUUUCCUGGCCAGCUGAUACCGCGAUCAACCAAGGCUAUCUUUAUGACUCACAUAUCUGCUGCUGGGGAGAGUGAUUCUGCAGAAAAUGAAUCUUGUGAUUCUCCAAUGGGACCAAACAGUCCUCUAUAUGGAGUAUCCGAGACAGUUGAUCCUAUGAGUGCUGAAAAAGAAGAUGGCCUCCUGCAUCAGCGUACACUUGAAGCAUCUUCAAAUACAGCUGGGCCUUCAUUGAGGAAUAUGAUGUUGCGAUCGAACUCGGUUGAUAGAAAACUGAACUUACCACACAGUGAACCUAAUAUUGCUGCUACAUUUUGGAGAAGGGGCAGGAGGCAGAUCAUUCCUGAACAAAGGACUGCCAGCUCAAGUCCAGAGCAUCCUUCAUUUCAAGCACGUGGUCGAUCCAUGCUCAGUGGUGAUAACAAAUCUUUCAGAGACUAUUCAAAUGAGAUAGCUACAUCGAGGUCAGAAGGUGCAUCAGCGCCAGAUACUCGGAGAACAAGGAGAAGAAGUAUAAGCAUGACUCCUGAAAUCGGUGAUGACAUCGUAAGGGCUGUACGAGCAAUGAAUGAAUCAUUAAAGCAGAAUCGUCUCUUAAAAGAACAACAGGACAUUAGCUUGUAUUCCUUUGAUUCAGCUGAUCAACAUGGCACAGAACAGCAAAAAGAUGAUAAAAUGUCUGGUGGAAGGUCUUCCUUGUAUGCUCCUCGAAGGCAAAACAACUCUCAGAAGGCACUAUCGUUACCUUCAUCUCCUCAUGACUUUAGUAGUCCGACCCCAGAGAGAAUAGAAACCCACAAGGUAAAAGAAGAAAUGGUUUCAGCAUGGAACAGAGUUCUGGGACUACCUAUGUUCCAGAACAAGCCUCUCCUGCCAUUUGAAGAAUGGAAUAUUGAUUUUUCAGAGUUAACCGUUGGCACUCGUGUUGGGAUUGGGUUUUUUGGGGAAGUUUUUCGUGGUGUUUGGAAUGGAACAGAAGUUGCUAUUAAAGUCUUUUUGGAGCAAGAUCUCACUGUUGAAAACAUGGAGGACUUUUGCAAUGAAAUAUCCAUUCUCAGUCGUCUUCGGCACCCAAAUGUCAUAUUAUUCCUUGGUGCCUGCACAAUGCCUCCACGGCUGUCAAUGGUCACUGAAUACAUGGAAAGGGGAUCAUUGUAUUAUUUGAUUCAUUUGAGUGAUCAGAAGAAUAAGUUGACCUGGCGGAGGAGGAUUAAAAUGCUCCGUGACAUAUGCAGAGGGCUGAUGUGUAUACAUCGCAUGAAGAUAGUCCACCGUGAUCUUAAAAGUGCAAAUUGCCUUGUCAAUAAGCACUGGACAGUUAAAAUCUGUGACUUCGGGCUCUCGAGGAUAAUGACAGAUGCAACCAUGCGGGACUCCUCGUCUGCAGGGACACCGGAAUGGAUGGCUCCUGAGCUUAUACGCAAUGAACCCUUCACAGUAAAAUGUGACAUUUUCAGCCUCGGCAUUAUAAUGUGGGAGUUGUGCACCCUAAAUAAACCAUGGGACGGCAUACCACCAGAGAGGGUCGUUUAUGCCGUUGCAAAUGAAGGAUUGCGUUUGGAGAUACCUGAGGGACCCUUGGGUAGGCUAAUUGCAGAUUGUUGGGCAGAACCAGAUGAACGACCAAGUUGUGAGGAAAUUCUUCCCCGAUUGCUAGACUGCGAGUUAUCACUUUGCUAAUGCAGCUUGUUCAUUUGUAUAGAAGAGUAACAUAGUUGAGGUUUAUAAACAACGUAUUUCCGGCUAAAAUUGUAAACUUCCAUGUGAUUUUCCUUUCCCCAGUUCAGUAUCAAGGGGAAAUAUGUUCAUCCUUUUUUGUGAAAUCAAAGAAAACUCGACUU